ACCACUGCCCCCAUCCCCGUCCCUCCCCAUCCCCUCUCCCAGCCCGGUCCCCGCCGGGGCGUGAGGCUCAGCGGGCGGCGGGGCGCCGUCCGCCCCCCCGGCACCACCAUCGCUCCCAAGGGCGACGAGGACCUUCUGGCGCUGGCCGCCUCCCGGCUGAGCCGCAGGAAGCGGGUGGCCGGGGCGGCCGUCGGCGUGGCCAUGGUGCUGGUGCUGCUGGUGGCCAUCCCGCUGCUGGUGCACAGCUCCAAGGCGGCCGCGCACUACGAGAUGCUGGGCAGCUGCCGCAUGGUCUGCGACCCCUACCCUGGCCCCGAGCUGCCCCCCGCCUCCCCGCCACCCUUCCUGCCGGGGGCCAAGGGUGAACCGGGGCGCAAGGGCCGUGCUGGUGUAAGGGGCCCCCCCGGGCCACCGGGACCACGGGGACCGCCGGGAGAGCCGGGCCGGCCAGGGCCACCGGGACCGCCGGGUCCGGGUCCCGGGGGGUACAUCCCCUCCUUCUACAGCCCCAAGAUUGCCUUCUACGCCGGGCUGCGGAAGCCCCACGAGGGCUACGAGGUGCUGCGCUUCGACGACGUGGUGACCAACGUGGGCAACUACUACGAGCCGUCGAGCGGGAAGUUCACCUGCCCCCUGCCCGGCAUCUACUUCUUCACCUACCACGUCCUCAUGCGCGGCGGCGAUGGCACCAGCAUGUGGGCCGACCUCAUGAAGAACGGGCAGGUAUGGGCCGGGACCCCCAG